AUGACGUCUCUUGUGGUGUUCUUGCUAUCUAUAUUUAUACACCGUGUGUCGUCUUCGGGUAUCGUCCAUUUGCGCCUGGAGGAGUUACUUAACACGAGGAAUAACGAUGUAACCGGGCAAUGUUGUCACGUUAACGAGACGGAGGACGAAUGUUACGAACCCUGUAAUAUUUUCCUCAGGAUAUGUGGCACUCACGUUUCUAGAUUUCAAAAUUUAUUCAAUUUACAUUUACGUAUUGAUCCCAAUACGCCAUGCUCCUUUGGACUCGUCGUGACGGACGUCCUGCCGAAAGAAGACCCCGUGAAAGACACGGCCAUAAACAUGACUUUUGAGUUUCCUUGGCCCGGAAAGAUAUUAUUUAUAAUCGAGGCGUGGCACAGUCCUAAUGGAAGCGAUCCCGUCGAUGGAGCUGUUAAAGACGGCAGAUUGAUUGCUAGAUUUGUCAACCAACACAAGUCAUCUCCUAAUAAUGUAUGGAAAACUACCAACUUAACUGCCGAAAACGAUGCUUCUCUGGAAUACAGUUUUAAAGUAGCCUGUUCUCCCGGAUAUACUGGAAGCAAAUGUGUCGAAAAAUGCCCAUCGUCUAACGACACCGAAGCUACCUUCGUUUGUUCUCCUACUGGAAGCAAAGUUUGUCGCGAAGGUUGGACAGGAAAGCAUUGCGAUCGUCCGAUUUGUCGCGAAGGCUGUCAGGGAUAUUGCACCAAACCUUACGAUUGUGUUUGUAGAAUCGGGUGGAGAGGAGACACUUGCGAGGAAUGUGUACCACUACCGGGAUGUAUGCAUGGCUCGUGCGAUUCCACAUUCCAGUGUAAUUGUAUUUCAGGAUGGGACGGGCUCUUCUGCAGCCAGCCGAUUUGUAAGGAGGGUUGCCACGCUACAAGAGGUUACUGCGAAGAUCCCGGCGAAUGCAAAUGUCGAAUUGGAUGGAAAGGUGAAACAUGCGACGAAUGUAGAAAAUUACCUGGAUGUGUCCAUGGCUAUUGUGAAAAACCUCUAGACUGCAUUUGUGAAGAAGGAUGGACUAGUUUAUUCUGUCACAUACCAAAAUGCAGCCAAAAUUGCAGUAAAGAACACGGAUAUUGUACCAAACCCAACGAAUGUAGAUGCCGCGUAGGUUGGCAAGGCGAAAAUUGCGACCAAUGUUUCCCGUAUCCCGGUUGCCAGAACGGAACUUGCGAUAAACCGUGGGAAUGUAAUUGUUUACCCGGAUAUAGUGGCCCGUUAUGCGAUAGAAAAAUUGAUUAUUGCGAAUUGAUGAAUCCGUGUUUGAACAAUGGAACGUGCGUAAACAUGGCGGAUCGAGACGAAUAUUUGUGUAUAUGUCCAGACGAAUAUCACGGUCAAAAUUGCGAAUUACACGAGAAAAACGAAGAAUAAUUCGUUGAAACAUUUAAAAUUUCAUAAUUAUUUAUUAUUUUGGACUAGAGGAAUAUGAGAAAAAUACCAAGAGAAUGGCGAAUGAGUGAAGUACAGU